GCUGGGGAAUUCCCAGUGCCAAGUGGUUUGUGUGUUAAUCAGCGCGACCCAAAGCAUAGUGAAGAUCGGUUUCGCGGAACAAACACAAAAAAAAAAACAGCGGACAAACAUGAUGACAUCUCUAGUGGCGAUCGCGACCUUUGCCGUCGUUAUCAGCAGCCAGUGUUUGGCCAGUCCGGCCGGCCUGGAUCGGUCAACGCAGCCCACCGUCUCAGCUCGUAGACCUGUGCCAACCCAGGCGCCCUCGCCCUACAAAGAUGGCCAAAGAGUGCCGGCUGGAAAUGCGGACCUCUUUGCCUUUCCGGCCGACCCAUCCACGAUCGAGUCCAAGACGAAUGCAAGGAACCGAACGCCCGUAUUCAUCCCGGACCGGUGCCAGGAAAACGAGAUUCUGUACCCGGGCGACCAGGAGAGUGACUGGGUGUGCGACUGCAAGCCGACCUUCGUCUACCACCCACCGACCCGCAAAUGCUACCAAAUGUACACCCAGGGAUACUGUCCGGAUGGGACCAUGAUCUCUCUGAAGCCCGAUGCGAAACAUCCCGAGUGUAUCGAAAACCAUUGUUUCUUGUCAAAAACCAUUCCAGAGCCACGCGUGCCCUUCAAUCAAACGUGCGUGACGCUGAAUGCGUACCACGACGGUUGCAUGUUUGGCCGGCUGAACCGCGUGAUUGGAAUCGACGAGAAAACCAACGAACUGGCCUGCGUCAAUCUAACCGAGGUGAAACUGCCACCGGGGGAGGAAAAAUCCAGCUCGUCUUCGGGCACGACCGAUCGAGAUUCGGGCUCUGGGGCACCAAUCAGCAACAACGUGCAGCAGUCGGAUGUCAGAGGGGCCACGCAACAGGGUAAGUGACGACACCUUUUUUUAAGGAAAAAAUAGGUUCUGUUUUUUUAAAUAAAAUUUACGUACAUAACGUGUCAAAAA